GUGCAUAUGCUCCAGCACUUUCUGGGCCCCGCCUCGUUUCCCCAAGAACAUAAGAACGCAAGCAAUCGAGAAGCCGGAGGAUAGAGGGGCGGAGAAGGCGGCCGGAGAGAUGUCGGAGAAGGAGAGCGUCUGUGUCACCGGCGGCAGCGGGUUCAUCGGAUCUUGGCUCGUCCGCCUCCUCCUCGACCGCGGCUACACGGUCCACGCCACGGUCAAAAAUCUCGAGGAUGAAGGCGAGACGAAGCACCUGCAAGCGCUGGAGGGCGCGGCGUCGCGGCUCCGUCUCUUCCAGAUCGACCUCCUCGACCCGGCCUCCAUCCUCGCCGCGAUCCGAGGCACCGUCGGCGUCUUCCACCUCGCCUCUCCCUGCAUCGUUGACCGCGUUCACGAUCCCGAGAGAGAGUUACUGGACCCGGCGGUGAAAGGGACGGCGAACGUGCUCGGCGCGGCGAAGGAGAGCGGAGUGAAGCGAGUGGUGGUGACGUCAUCGAUCUCGGCCAUUAUCCCCAGCCCUAGCUGGCCCGCCGAUGUCGUCAAGGACGAGAAUUGCUGGACCGACGUCGACCACUGCAAGCAGAACGAGAUUUGGUAUCCAGCUUCGAAGACUUUGGCAGAGAAGGUGGCAUGGGAAUUUGCCAAGGAGAAUGGAUUGGAUGUAGUGGUGGUCAAUCCCGGCACGGUGAUGGGUCCGGUCAUUCCACCGAGCAUCAACGCCAGUAUGGCCAUGCUGGUCCAACUUCUUGAAGGCUGCUCUGAAGAGUACGCAAAUUUUUACAUGGGAUCAGUCCAUGUCCAAGAUGUUGCACUGGCUCAUAUCCUUGUUUAUGAAAAUCCAUCAGCAUCUGGAAGGCACUUAUGUGUUGAGUCCAUUGCACAUUGGAGCGACUUUGCAUCCAAAGUUGCAGAAAUUUACCCAGAAUACAAAGUGCCCAGAUUUCCAAAGGAUACGCAACCAGGGCUGCUGAGAACCCAAAAUCCAUCGAAGAAGCUGAUUGAAUUGGGUAUGGAAUUCCGCUCCAUGGAGCAAAUUAUCAAGGAUGCAGUGGAGAGUCUUAAGAGCAAGGGUUAUAUUGUUUCUUCUGAGAGGACUGGGGGAAAGCCAUGUUGUUAGAUCCCACGGCACAUGACUGUUAUCUAUACCGUUGUACAUUUUCUUAGUGAAGAGAAUAUGGUCUGUGCAACAGUUCAUGCAGCACUAUGUUGCUAGCUUUAGCUCGGUGUGCAACACUAAUGCGUGUGCGACUUUGAUGUGCUACCUUUUAUCCUAUUCUUUCCCUGAGAUACCUGGUUUCUUUGUUCUUUACCCUAUGAAUCUUGUUUGUAUGGAUACCA